AUGGUGCCCAUGUACCCCAUUGUCAACCACCGGCAACAAGAUCUGGAUGGGUUCCUGCCGGCACGGGACCCGCGGGCUGCUUGGAACCCCAUCGCAUUCCGACCACAGCCAAUGGCCCCGGCGCAACAAGGUUACGGCGACUACCCAUUGAUGCACUCCAAUAUCCAGCCGAAAAGUAACCCGACGUUGACGGACGACAAUAUGCUGACCUUAAAGAUGUCCAUGAGCCAAUUCUCGAUCGACGAUAUAAAAGUGCAUAAGCUCGGGCAUAGCGUGUUCGUGAAUGCGCAGCACGGCGAGAGGAAGGAGACACGCUGCUUUGUUUCGCGCGGGAUCUCGAGGCGGUUCACGCUGCCGAAGGCGGCGGAUGUCGAGAAGCUUGAGGCGAUUUACACUUUACACGGUUGGCUGCUGCUGAGGGCGCCGCUGGACCCGACAGCGCCGGAGGCCGACAAGGUGCUGAAGAACGAGCCGACCCCGACGGAGGAGGCGCCUGAAGGCGCCGGGGCGACGGACGUGCCUAAGCGUACGUCCGUCUACAUCCGCCGGGUCUGC